AUGAGUAUGGAAGAUUAUGAUUUCCUGUUCAAAAUUGUUUUAAUUGGCAAUGCUGGAGUGGGGAAGACGUGCCUAGUCCGACGAUUCACUCAGUUACAGAUCUGGGACACUGCGGGCCAAGAGAGAUUUUGUUCAAUUACCCGAAGUUAUUACCGAAGCACCAAUGCCUUGAUUCUUACCUAUGACAUCACCUGUGAGGAAUCCUUCCGUUGCCUUCCUGAGUGGUUGCGAGAGAUAGAACAGUAUGCUAGCCAUGAGGUCAUCACUGGGCUAGUGGGCAGCAAGAUUGACCUGGCUGAAAGGAGAGGGGUCUCCCAGCAGAGGCAGAGGAAUUCUCAGAGGCUCAGAAUGUGUAUGUAUUCCCUGGAGACUUCAGCCAAGAAAUCUGAUAAUGUGGAGAAACCCUUCCUUGAUUUAGCAUGCCAGCUCCUCAGUGAAGCAAGACAGAACACACUGGUGAACCAUGGAUCUUCACCCUUACCCAGAGAGGGGAAAGCACCAGCUAUUUGA